AAACUAAUGAAGGAGAAGUCACAACUACAGGAGAGAGUCACAUCCUUAGAGGAACAAUCCAUCAAAGAGACUAGAUCCAUUGGACAACAAUUUAAUUUAGAGGAGGAGCAGAAAAAUCCUCCAUUUUCAAGAUUCUUAAUUCUAAUUUAUCUAUUAUUCAUUUCUUUUGUGUUGACUGCAAAUUACAACUCAAAGCAAUUUAUUGCUCCAUUGCCAGGUGUAGAGAUUGAUGCUUCUAUUAAUCAAUUAGUAGCUGGUGGUAGUCACACUCAGUUACACUGGGAGGAAUAUGGUCUUACACUUGAAGUUCCACCUGAUGCUCUUCCUUGUGGUUUUAUAGCUGAAAUUGCUGCAUAUGUAAGCAAUUCUGGUCCAUAUUAUGCUGCCAGUUCAAAUACAUGGCCAACCAGUACUACAGUAUAUUGGAUAUCCAGCAGUAAAGAUUUUGUUACUCCUGUGUCGUUAAAGAUACAACUUAGCCAUGCUGUUAGGCAAAAUGUAUCAUCAGAAAUUAAAGUUUUAAUGACAGAUGUCAGAGCUACUCAAAAUGUUAUUACAAAGAUGAGCUGUUGA